ACGGGCCGAAAACCCAACACGUCGCGCCCAAAACCGCCGACCAAGGCUCGCCCUUGCACACGCGGCGGCCGCCUCGCGCGCUCGCCCGCCGCGUUCUCCCUUCCUGAUCCAUCCCAGGUCCCCAGCGGCCACCUUCCGCUCGCCGCCGCCGGAGGUCCAUGGGCCAGGCUCUGCGCCGCGCCUCGGGGCGCGUGAGGCCCCCUCCUCCCUCGCCCUCGCCGCCCGCGAGGCAACCCCAGCCUCCCCCGCCUCCGCCCCGGGCGUCGCCGGCGGCCGCUGGCGGCGCGACGCAGGACCGGCUCGACGCGCCCUCCGUUGACGAUGUCACGACACCAACGAAAAACGUCCAUGGUGUACUUGCGGAACGUGAUCCAAGUUAUGACGAGAUGCUCAAGCACAUGGUUGGGAGAAUCACUACUAAGCCUGGAGGAAAACCAGAAAUGGGUGAAGCUUCUGUUGUACAGCAGUACAACAGACCGCUCCCAAAGGUCAGAACAUCAAAGGCUGAACCUGGGCAAAGUGGGGGUAGGCAGCUACCAUCAGGUGCCCUGAACGUCCAGCACAUCCAGGAGAUAAUCCAACUGUACCAAGGAAAGUCUACUAACCACCAGGGUCCAAUGAGUGUAGACGACAUCGCCUUGAGGUUCAGAGUCGAAGCCUCAGUCGUCCAAAACAUUGUGCAGUUCGUUUCGCUGCCCCAGGACGAGACCGUCAAGAAGAAAGAGGACCACUGAGGGUCCGUCCAUGUGGUCUUGCAGCUAACUCUGAGCCUUGUUGUUCUUGUUCCCAAGCUCAUAGAGAACUGCUUGAAUGCCAUUUUGUAGUGUUGUUUUUUAGCUUUCUCCUGCUCCUGCUGCUGAGACUGAGAUGAUGAGGUGGUGGAAAUUGAGAAAACAUGUCUCCUUACCUGAAUAAAGAUGACAGCGUUUUUUUUUUUUGCCUGAUGGGCUUGUCAUGCUUACAAUGAAUACGGACAUUUGUUCUCUGUUGGGUCUUGUGAAAGCAUCACGAACUGUGAGAACAGUUUCUUUUUGUUAACAGUCAAAGGCAAAAGAGAUGUGAGGAUGAACUAAUGCUA